GGAGGAGAGAAAGGAAAGAAAGAAAGAGGCUGGCGGCGAGGCAAGGGCAGCAGUCGGAGCCAAUGCACAGAGCUGCCUCUUUUUGCUUUUCUUUGGUAAUCGCUUUCUUUCCCCCCUCAGCGGCUGGGAUGCGCACAGGCGAUGCAUGACUCCGCUGCUGCUACACGUGCCCGCAAUCCAGCCUCUCCAGAGCCGGCCGGAUCCAAAGGCGGCUGCCGCUGCUGCUGCUCCCCGAGCUAAGCCUCUCAGCUGUCCAUGUCCAUAGGAGCUUUGCUGCUGCUGCUGCUGCUGCCUGGGAGCGUGGAAGGGAGCAGGCGACACGAGGAGCCCCACUUGCUUCUGCUGCUCUUACCCUGGUGCAGGAGGGAGAGACCAGGAUGCUGCGCAAGCGGCCGCUUUGAACUAUGGAAGGAGUUCUGUACAAGUGGACCAACUAUAUCACAGGUUGGCAGCCUCGCUGGUUUGUUCUAGAUAAUGGGAUAUUGUCUUACUACGAUUCACAGGAUGACGUUUGCAAGGGCAGUAAAGGAAGCAUAAAGAUGGCCGUGUGUGAAAUCAAAGUUCAUCCCACAGACAGCACAAGAAUGGAAUUAAUAAUCCCUGGGGAACAGCAUUUCUACAUGAAAGCCGUCAACGCAGCCGAACGGCAGAGGUGGCUGGUUGCACUGGGAAGCUCCAAGGCCUGUUUGGCAGAUUCCAGAUCAAAGAAAGAAAAAGAAAUGAAUGAAACCAAUGACUCUCUAAAAACCAAAAUGUCUGAACUUCGCCUCUACUGUGACCUCUUAAUGCAGCAAGUGCAUACAAUACAAGAAUAUGUUCACCAUGAUGAGAGUCACUCAUCGCCAAGCAUGGAGAAUAUGAAUGAAGCUUCCUCCUUGCUUAGUGCCACCUGCGACACGUUUAUUACGACACUGGAAGAAUGUGUGAAAAUAGCUAAUGCCAAGUUUAAGCCAGAGAUGUUUCAGUUGCCUCACCCGGAUCCCCUAGUCUCUCCUGUGUCUCCUUCACCUGUACAAAUGAUGAAACGUUCUGUUAGCCACCCAGGUACUUGUAAUUCAGAGAGGGGCAGUCAUUCAAUAAAAGAAUCAAACUCUUCAUCCCACCGAUUAUCGCAGCGAUGCAGAAGAACGUUGUCAGAUAUGGAGCCUUCUCUAGAUACUCACCACGAAGAUGCAGACCGACAGCCCUACUUUCCCAGAGGUACUCUCAAUGGGGAUUUGGUGCCUCCAGCAAUUUCUGAAGCAACUUCAGCAAUGUCUAAGAAACAAUCCAGACUUGAAGAGACUCUUCCUCCGACUUCCUGAGGAAAAAGAAGACGCAACUUUCUAUAAGUAACGCUAUGCAAAAGCUGCUGUAAUUCUACUAUUGUAGGGAGUAGAUCGUUCCCCAUCUGAAGGAUUUCUCUGCACUUUAUAGAAUAAUGUAAAAACAAAACAAAAAAAUAAUUUUGAAGUGUAGUUUAUCUUUAUAUAGUUUAUUUGCAAGAGUAUUUUCCUAAAAAAUAAAGAACUUCAGUUUGUGUGUUUUUGAAACAAAUUUAUGGUUUAACGAAAAAAAUCAGUACCCUUGUUCAGUAUAACUUUUGUUUUUAUGUGCUGUGAUGGUCAAACAACUUAGCAAAUUUGGGAAUGCAAAAUUGGGAGAAUUUGGGGGCGGGGGGAAUAUUGUGCCAUAGACCCAGCUAGUCACUUGAUUCCAUAGUAUCUGUGCUGGUACAGCACUCCUUUAGAGGUCACUUCCUGUCCUGACAGAAUCAGUGGCAAAGCUACCCUUUUCAUUGUUUAAGAGAGCCCUGUUAAUUUUAGUGGCUCACUUGUCUACAAUUAAGGCUGAGACUGCAUUCCUAAAGCAAAGCAUGCCAUUUAGGUGGAUUUUUUCCCCUUUUAAAAAAGAGCAAACGUAUAAGAAAGGCGCAGCACACCCAAAGAAGUCCUGCUGAAACCAGCAGGACUUGACCAUACUCUCUAGCAGUGGCGUAGAGACUAGGGGAAAUGGCAGGGGCGCAGGGCGCACGUGCCCCGGGCGCAGUUCCACCUCGCUACAGGUCUGCUCUCUAGCCAAACUUAAGCACCUUAAAAUCCCAUUGGCUUCUCUGAGAAGGAUUGAAACACACAAUUAACUUUCUAAUUGAAGUCAGGGAAGCUGUGUUGUGUUUUGCUUUAGCCAAACUGUGCUUAAAUUGCAUCAGAAAUAGGCUUGCGGCACUUUGAAGACUUUUAUUCUUGCAUAAACCUUCAUGAACCAGAGAUUGUCCGAUGAAUCUCACCGAGUGGCUCCAGCCCACAAAAGCUUAUUCUAGAAUAAAAAUGUGUUUGUUCUUUGAGGUGCCAUAGGGCUUUUUGUUUUUGCUUGCUUAUUUUGCCGCAAUGGACUAACAUCACAUUUUCUCAGUGUUUUGAGUUCUGAGUUGUUGGAUUUAUUUAUUUUUGUACUGGGACUUAGAACAUCUCUGGCUUGCACUCAAAAGUUUGGUCCUUCUUUUUAGCCACACAAAAUAGUGAGAAAUUUUUGCAGUAUUUUUCUAAACGAACGUAUCUGUAUACAAGGUGGUAUAAACCAUAUAUGGGCAGAGGAUAUUUUAACAUCUUUGAUAUAUUUGUUUUUGCAACAAAAAAUGCCUAUUUAACUUGUUAUUACUGAACAAAAAAGAGAUGUAAAAGUUGUACUUAAUUGUGGUGGUGGUGGUGUGUCGCAUCACUCAAUAUCAUUGUAGCACUGUUUUGUUUUGUUUUUAAGUCAUUGGGCAUAAUCUAGCCAUCAUUAUGCAAGUCCUCUUGAUUUCAGUGGAAGAGUAAAGCAUGUGUUUCUGGUCAAUACAUGCUCAUUUAACUAAAGGGGCAUACAAUACAUCUAACCUCUGGCUGGAUCGUUCCCUUUCUUUACACCUGAAAGGACAAAAAAUAUGUCAUUGAUGUGUCCUAUUAUGGAAAUGUUAUUUUACAGUUGGUUUCUCAACUAUACUGUGCUGCUGCUGUAAUAUAUUCAUAUUUGCAGCGAUAACUUUAUUUAUGACCUAUUUGUACCAAAGGAGGAGGAGGGGAGGGUGGCUUUUUGAUCAUUGUGAGUUCUGUAUAACUUCAGAAUGGUAUAUACGCACUGCAGUGUUCUCAUCUCCGUUAACCAUAGUGUUGAUGACAAUUUUGCGGCUGCAGAGCUGGGAUGGGAAUUGUGCUCUUGGCUAAAGGUGAAGCAUGUGCCUCUAGGUGGCCACCACCUGUGUGCUAUUCUGAGUCCAGUUAAAUCAGAAACCUCCACGCGCCUGUAUUACUUGCAAGAGGAAAAGUAAAUAACUUAUUUCAGUAGAGGUUUGCAAAGAAGUUACUGAUGAAUUGCACCAAAAAUGGUGUUAGUGUUUUGCAUUGUAAAUUCUUUGGUUUUGUAUCCACUUUGGGAUAAACUUGGUAUAUAAUGUCUUGGCCAUGAAGCACUUUUUUAAAAAUGAAAAAAAAAUUGCUUUUUUUUAGAAGUUAUGUACGUGUUCAAUAAAAUACUGUUUUUACACUGA